AUGGCAUUCAAAUUCGUAGUAUUCGCCGCCUUCGUAGCCGUAGCCCGUGCUGGAGCUAUCGGUUAUGCUGCCGCUCCAGUGGCUUACUCCGCCGCCCCAGCUGUAGCCACCUCCUACUCUUCCAUCGCUCACUCCGCACCAGUAGUGGCCAAAUACGCCGCCGCUCCAGUCUACACUCAAUCCUACGCCGCCCCAGCUUACUCUCACGGAUACGCCGCCCCCGCCGUAGCCGCCUACGCUCCAGUCCACAAGACCAUCAUCGCCGAACCAGAAGCACCAGCUCACUACGACUUCGGUUACUCCGUAAACGACCCACACACCGGAGACAGCAAAUCUCAACAAGAAUCCCGUCAAGGAGAUGUCGUCCACGGAAGCUACUCCCUCAUUGAUGCUGAUGGCACCAAAAGAACCGUAGAGUACACCGCUGAUGACCACAACGGAUUCAACGCCGUAGUACACAAAGAACCAGCUCAAGUAGCCGUCAAAGCUAUCCAAAAAGUAGCCGUAGCUGCCCCAGUUGCCUACGCCGCCCCAGUAGCUCACUACUCUGCCGCUCCAGUAGUAGCCAAAUACGCCGCCGCCCCAGCUCUUUCCUACUACCACUAA